GCGCGGGCGCUGCCGACAGAGAGGGCGUGGCCGACGGGCCCAGGACACCCUGGGCCGCCUCGUCGCGGGCUUCGGGUACGACUGGCUGGGGCACCGUGGCGGGGACCCCGGGUUCGGAGACGGGGAGGCACGAGCGGAUGUAUGAGAACGAGGCGGAGGACCUCGACUGCGUGCGGCUGCUGCACCUUGCAUUCAUGCCCACGCCCACGCGCGAGCAGAUGGCCGGGCUCUGCCGCUGCCUGCCGCAGCUCGGGCGCCUGGAGGCCCUGGACCUCUCGCAGUGCCAGGUCGGCGACGGGGGCGCCGCGGCGCUGGCGGGGGCGCUGCCGGAGCUGGCGGAGCUGCAGGUGCUGCGCCUGGACAGGAGCCGCAUCGGCGGCAGCGGCGCGCGGGCGCUGGCCGGGGGGCUGCCUGCAGGGCUCGAGGGCGCCGCGGCGCUGGCGUCGGCGCUGCCCGAGAGCCUGACGAUCCUGGGCCUCUACUGCAACCGCAUCUCCGACGAGGGCGCCGCCGCGUUGGCCUGGGCGUUGCCCGCAGCGCGAGAGCUGCAGGUUCUGGAGCUCGCCAACAACCAGAUCGGCGACAGGGGUGCCGCGGAGAUCGCCCUGGUGCUGCCAGAGGCGGUGUCGCUGCAGGACCUGGGGCUGGCAGGCAACCGGGUCGGGGACGUGGGCGCCGCGGCGCUGGCCCGGGCGCUGUUCGCCGCGCUGGCUCCGGGUGCCCAGGCGGCGGCCACCGUGGAGGCCGAGUCCGAGGAGGCUUGGCCAGAGGAGGCGGAGUCAGAGGUGGAGCCAGAGGGGUCGGGUCUCAAGAGGGCGGCGUCAGCGGCGCCGAGGCACGCGCUGGAGAGGCUGCACCUCAGCCGCAACUGGAUAGGCGCCGAGGGUGCUGUAGCGCUUCACCAGGCGGCGGAGGGGACCGAGUGCCGCGUGGACGGCCUGGAGGAGCUCGUCCACCUGGAGCGGUACACGGACGCCUACAGCCUCUUCGCUGCGCUCGCCUUCACGGUGGAUGCCGGCCGCGCGCAGAGGGGGCAUCCCGACCCCAAAGGGCUGCAGCUGAACUUGGUGAUCGACACGUUGGAGGCCCAGUGCAGCAAAUACGCCCGACCCGAAGGACACUUCAAGGGCAUCAGCGAGAUGGGCGUGUUCUGGGACUGGAUCUCGCUGCUGCAGCCCGACUCCGUCAAAGCCAACAACGCGAAGUGUGCCGCUCUCAGGGAUGGCAGGAGUCAGGAGGUCGCCCAGCAGGCCGCGGACGACGCCAAGCGGACUCCGGCGGAGAAGGCGGCGUUCAAGCACGCCCUGCACAACGCACGCGAGAGCGGAUACGACCAGUCAGGGUGGACCCUCUACGAGCGCUGCUCCGCCGAGCAGAUCAAGAAGGUCCACCGCUUCGACGUGAAAUGGGACUCCGUAAUCGACCUCGGGGACAGGACCGGGUCGCUGAAGGCCGGGAGGGGCUGGCCCGUGGGCCCGGACCAGUUCAGCGUGCUCGUCGAGGGCAGGUCCUUCACGAACGGCGCGGACCGGGAGGCGGUGAAGGCGCUCUUCUGCAGGAUGAGCCGCGCGCAGCUGGGCGGGGUGACGGUGCUGGACUUCGACGGGAUGCCGCCCACGACGCCCGCGCAGGCCGCGGGGCUGGCCAGCUACCUCCAGCACUGCGCCCACCUGGAGAGGCUCUACCUGGCGGGCUGCCAGAUCGGCCCGGGGGCCCUGGCCGAGGCGCUGCCCUGCAUGCUGGGGCUGCGGGUGCUGGGCCUCUCCGGCAACGCCCUCGGCGACGAGGGCGCCCGGGCGCUGGCGGCAGCGCUGCCCCGCAUGGCGGCCCUGCAGGAGCUGCGCCUGGCCGGCAACGCGCUCGGCGCCGCGGGCGCCCAGGCGCUGGCCGCGGCGCUGCCCUGCGCGCCCCGCCUGCGGACGCUGGACCUGACCAGGAACGAGAUGGGCGCCGAGGGGGAGGCGGCGGUGCUGCAGGCGGCCAGCGAGACCGGGUGCUUCGUGCACCUGUAUGGCUCGGCCCGAUCCCUGCGCAUGAGCGCGGCCGCGAGGCGAGCCCUCGGGGGCUGCUGCGCCGCCGCCGCGGCCGCGCACCUGCGCCGCCGCCGCCGCGGCGCGGCCGGCGGCCUCCGGGCCGAGAGCUCCGAGAGCUGGCACGCCGGCUACCGCUGGUUCGCGCGCGAGCCCGCGGGCCCCGGCCGGGGCGCCGGGGAGCUGCGCGGGCCGCGCUGGCCUGGCCCGGCGGGCAGGGGCGGGGAGCGGAUGUUGACCCGCGCCGAGGUCGGCGCCCGCGACGGGCGCGGCGAGGGCGGGGAGGUCUGGGUGACGUACCGCGACGGGGUGUACGACGUCACGCGCUACCUCGCGGAGGAGCACCCGGGGGGGCGGCUGCUCCUCCAGGCGGCGGGCGGCCCCGUGGAGGGGUUCUGGGCCCACUGGGCGCAGCACCACAUGUCUCCCGAGGUGCCGAGGGCCCUGGAGAGGCUGCGGAUCGGCCGGCUCGUCGACUUCCGGCCGGACGAGGAGGAGGAGGAGGAGCGCUACGGGGGUGGCGCGUGGGCCGAGGAGCAGGCCGACCCCUGCCGGGCCGAGAACCGGGCGCGGGCCUCGCCCCUGAGCCAGAUGCCCUACCAGUCCGAGACCCGGUCGGCCGAGCUGGCGUCGUCGUACCUCACCUCGAGCGGGGCCUUCUACGUGCGCAACCACGCCCCCGUGCCCCACGUGCCGCCCGAGGAGGCCAGCGAGCACGCCAUCACCCUCUGCGUGGGGGAGGACGAGGUCGCGGCCCUGACGCUGGCGGAGCUCCAGGCCAGGUUCGGCUCCGCGAGCGUCGUCUCCGUGAUGCAGUGCGCGGGCAACCGGGCGGCGGACAACAUCGCCGCCAACGGCGUCCACGCCUCCGGCUUCGUGGGCGGGGCCGCCGAGCACCUGGGGCUCGGGAUGCUCGGGAACGCUCGGUGGCGCGGCGCGCGGCUGGCGGACGUGCUGCGGGAGCUGCUGCCCCCGCGGGCCGGAGCGGAGGCCGACGACCUGCACGUGACCUUCGAGGGCCUCGACGGCUAUUACACCUCCGCGCCCCUGCGCCACGUCAUGGACCCCUCCAGCGACUGCCUGCUGGCCGUGGAGAUGAACAGCGCGCCGCUGGCGCCCGACCACGGCUUCCCCGUCCGCGCUCUCCUGCCGGGCGUGGCCGGCGCCCGCAGCGUGAAGUGGCUCAGCAAGAUCACCGUCGGCGGGCAGACGGACUCGCCCUGGACGCGCCACUACUACCGCGACAGGCCCAGCCUGGAGCCAGUCCAGCUGCUGCCCAUGAACUCGGUCAUCCUCUCGCCAGAGCCGGGGGCUUACGCGCCCGCAGAGGCGAGGGCGGUGGUGGUCCGGGGCGUCGCCUACGCCGGCGGCUCGGGCAGGGCCGUGGCGGGCGUCGAGGUGUCCGCCGACCGGGGCCAGAGCUGGCACGCGGCCGCCUGCCUGCACGGCGAGGUCCCCGCCGACGACUCGUCCGCCCCGCGCGGCUGGGUGCGCUUCGAGGGGCGCGCGCCGCUGCCGCACGCGGGCGGCGGCGCGGCGCUGGGGGUUCCCCAGACGGAGCUCUGGUGCCGCGCGGUGGACGACCGCGGCGGCGUGCAGCCGGACGUCGGAGACCCCCACGGCGGGUACCUGUACAACGGGUACCACCGGGUGCCUCUGCUGCGGGGGCGCUUGCCCGCACCUGCGCAGGUGGUGCUCU